AUGACCUCUGACUCGGCCGUGGCUGGCCGUCCAGGUAGCGGCGGGACUAGCGGCGGUUGCGGGCAGGAGAGCGGGGCCCGGGCGCGGCAGCAGCCGCCGGCGGUGACUCGCAGACGAGCGGCCAGGGGCGCGCUUCAGGCGGCGCAGGGGGAGGAACACGUGGGCGCGGCGAGCGGUACGAGCGGCGACGGCCGGGGCGAACUGGGCCAUUGGCCGCAGCCGGAGCACGAACAUGUCGGUGGCAUCUACGGCUACCACGAGAGAGCGCUGGGCGACAAGAACGGCUCGAGCAAGGCCGCCAUCUCCAGCUACAUCGAGGAGAAGUACGAGGGCCUCCCCUCGGCGCACGCCUCCCUCCUCACGGCCAACCUCGCCAGCAUGAAGGAGGCCGGCAAGCUCGCCUUCGUCAAGAACAACUACCUCAAGGCUGACGCUCCCUCCGCCACCCCGGCAAAGCGCGGCCGCGGCCGCCCGCCCAAGCCGAAGGCGGCGCCCAAGGACCCCAACACGCCCAAGCGCGGCCGGGGCCGCCCGCCCAAGGCUAAGGAUCCCAUGGCCGACGCCGUCAAGGAUGCCGUCGCCAAGGCGACCACCGGCAUGCCCCAGGGCCGCGGCCGCCCGCCGGGUCCCUCCUCGGCCAAGAAGGCCAAGGUCGCAUAA